AUGGCCCUACGACAAAUGAGCACCAGCUACUGCAUGGCAGUUGAUCUCUUACAAAAAAUCACGAUAAUCGACCUCGUCUACCUCUUUAUCUUCACAACACUACUCUCAUACUCUUUAUCCUCUAUUUGGGUAUAUCUGAGACCAUACGAAGAAACACCGCCCAGAGCCUUGAAUCCGCACAGUCUGACUUCCAGCGACAAAAUGGGGACAAAAUUGGAGGCUUCAAUUGAUUCCCUGACUGCGCAGUUAGAGGUUGAGUAUGAUAAGAUCAAGAAGCUGGUGAGUUGGGAUACGAGCUUGGAGACUGGAGCUGUUUUGUUCUAA